GGGCGGCCUUUUUGUAAGAUUUGUAGCAAACGCGCUCGGAAGUUCGACCUCCCAGCCUUUAGACGCCACCGCAGUCCCGAGGCGCCCAGUAGGGCAACAACGGACACUCUCGAAGAGGCGGCACACAAACCGCAGACUCCCCACCGCCGCGGCCGCCCGCACUUCCGCCGGAAGUCGGUCUGCCUGCCAGCGUCGCGCGCUGACGUCACGGGUGCGACGGGAUUUUGGGGGCGCGCCCUGGAGGCGCGGGUGCGGUGCAGCUGGCGGUUGGCUGGUCGCCCUGGGAGCGCAUGCCCCCGUGCCUCCUGUGACGUGAGUGGUCCAGGCGAGUGUGGAACUGACCUGUCCCUGCAGCCAGAUCCCGCCUCCUGGAGGAACCAUGUCUCCUGCAGCUCCGGGGGUCACCUGUAGUUCCAGGCUCAUGCCUCGGCGCCAGAGGAGAUGCCGAUGGAAUUCCCUGUGAAUGUUGGCAGGAGGAAUGCCAGAGCUGCCUGCCGAAAAUCAUCCAGACAAAUAUGUAGGCUGAGGACCCCGAGCCGCCCGCCCCAGGAUGGACUUCCUGGUUCUCUUCUCGUUCUACUUGGCUUUGUUGCUGAUUGGUGGCGCUCUGCUCUGCAUCUGCUUGAAAACCCGUUACCUGAAAGGCCUGGUCAGAGGAGGCGCACAGAUAUUUUCCUGUAUAGUUCCAGAAUGGCUUCAGAGAGCCAUGCUGAGAUUGCUUCAUUACCUCUUUCAUACACGAAACCACACCUUCAUCGUCCUGCACCUCAUCUUGCAAGGAAUGGUUUAUACUGAAUACACCUGGGAAAUACUUGGCUACUGUCAAGAGCUGGACUUCUCCUUGUAUUACCUCCUUCUGCCCUAUCUGCUGCUGGCUGUAAACCUGAUUUUUUUCACCCUGAGUUGUGUAACUGAUCCUGGCACCAUCACAAAAGCAAACGAAUCAUUGUUUCUCCAAGUUUAUGAAUUCGACGAGGUGAUGUUCCCGAAGAACGGGCGGUGCUCUACUUGUGACCUAAGGAAGCCCGCACGGUCCAAGCACUGCAGUGUGUGUAACCGCUGUGUGCACCGUUUCGACCAUCACUGUGUGUGGGUGAACAACUGCAUCGGGGCCUGGAACGCCAGGUACUUCCUUACCUACCUCCUGACACUGACGGCGUCGGCUGCCACCAUGGCCGUCGUGACCACCGUGUUUCUGGUCCGGCUGGUGGUAUUGUCGGACUUGCACCUGGAGACUUAUGUUGAUGACCUUGGACAGUCCCAGGUUAUUGACACCGUCUUUCUUAUUCAGUACCUGUUCCUGACCUUCCCAAGGAUUGUCUUCUUGCUGGGCUUUGUCUUGGUGCUGAGCUUCCUCCUGGGCGGCUUCCUGUGCUUUGCUCUGUACCUGGCCGCCACCAACCAGACUACGAACGAAUGGUGCAGAGGUGACCGGGCCUGGUGCCAGCAUUGCCCCCAAGGCGCCGGGGCCCCCUCCGUAGAGCCCCGUGUCCACCGGAACAUUCACUCCCACGGGCUUUGGAGCAACCUCCGAGAGAUCUUUCUACCUGCUGCUGCACAUUAUGAGAGAAAGAAGAAAUGAGAGUGGAAGGGUGUUACUGCCUUUUAAAUACAGUUCAUUUUAAAUAUAGCUCAUUUAUUUAUGCAUAUGGA